AUGAACUCGUCUGUCUAUGACAAGGAGAUGAACGUGGCUCGUGUUGACACCGGUGGCCACUGGCAGUACGUCUACAAGGACUUGGACGAUCAAGGGGUCGUGGUUGUCGGCGGUCGAGAUGGCAACGUCGGCGGCGUUGGUGGAUUCCUCCUUGGUGGGGGCACCUCCUUCUUCUCUCCUGCUCGAGGAUUCGGCGCCGAUAACGCUGUGAACUACGAAGUUGUUCUUUCCAACGGUACCAUCAUCAACGCCAACAAGUCUAGCAACGCAGAUUUAUGGAAAGCCCUCAAGGGUGGCGGCCCCAACUUCGGCAUCGUUACGAGGUUCGACCUCGAAGCAAUGCCUACACAGGAACUUCACUAUGAGGUUCGGUUCUUGCCCGGAAACGUAACUGAUGAAGUUAUCGAUACCCUAAUCGAGUUUGCUGACUACGACAUGUCUAUGGCGGACAAUGCUCUCGUCACAUAUCUGACGUACAACAGCACGCAGAGCACAGAGAUUAUGAUCGGUACCAUCUUCAUUAACACAGCUGGCGAGGAUAAUGCCACAACUGCUUACGACAAUCUGAGGAAGAUUCCUGCAUUUUUGGAAAGCAGUGAAAAGAAGACCCUGGCCGAAGCAGCGGCAGAAUCGCAAGUGGCCGGUGGAGUAUGGGCCUCCGGAGCCACACUUCUGUACAGAAAUGACAGGAACAUACUCCAAUAUGUUGCCAAGAUACACGAGGACUUUGUCAAUUCUCUUCAAAACUCCAUUGGGGAGGACGCAUUCCAUACCAUGAUCUUUCUCCAACCAGUCACUAGGGACUAUGCAGGCAUCGCUGAGGAAAAGGGCGGAAACAUGCUUGGACUCGAAAGCAUGGAGGGAAACGCCAUAAUGUGGACAGCCGCCGUCUUUGUCAAGACAAACGAGGCAGAUUUCGCCAUUGCUGAGCACCGCCUAAACGAAAUGUCAAGCUUAAUGAACCACUUCGCAGAGUCUGUUGGUGGAGCUGAAGACUUGAUUUACCUCAACUACGCCAGUUCACGCCAGGAAUCACUGGGAAGCUACAGUGCCAAAAACCUCGAGUACAUGCGCAAGGUUGCGGAGACGUAUGACCCAGAAGGCGUCUUCCAGACGCGUGUUCCUGGAGGGUUCAAGCUAUCAAGGGCAGCCUGA